UCCCAAAUCCCCUUUCCCCCUCCUAAACCCUACUUCAAAAAAGCGGUUACCCACGAAGGAACCAAGCCCCAAACCCCUCCUUCCCCUUCCUCUCAAGCCGGCGCGGCCGACGAGCCCGCGGCAAAACCACGCAAAAAAUCUGCCAAAAGAAGAUCCCCCAAAUCCGCCACCGCGCUCACGCCGGCGCAGCCAUGGCGACCUCCUUCUCUUUCGGCUCUUCCGCCGCGUCGGGAUCCACCGGCUCCUCCCCAUUCUCCUUCUCCACCGGCACCGCCCCAUCAGCCUUCUCCUUCUCUCAGCCCGCCGCCGCCGCCGCCGCCGCCGCCGCCUCCUCCCCUGCCCCCGCCUCCGCCCCAGCCUUCGGCUCCUCCCUCUUCUCCUCCUCCUCCUCCGCCGCCGCUCCCACUUUUGGCUCCUCCCUAUUCGGGUCCGCCCCCGCCGCCUCCGCCGCCGCCCCUGCCACCUCCUCAUCCCCAUCUCCGUUUGGCUUCGGAUCCACCGGCUUCUCGUUCGGCCAAUCCACCGCCGCCGCCGCGUCCGCCCCAUCCAUCUUCGGCGCGUCCUCCACCCCCGCCACCGCGACCACCCCUAGCGUAUUCGGCGCCGCAUCAUCCGCGGCAUCCACCCCCAACAUCUUCGGCGGCGCCACCUCCUCCCCGGCGACCACCCCGAGCUUAUUCGGCGGUGCUUCCUCCGCGGCUACCGCACCCAGUCCUUUCGGCGCCACCUCCGCCGCCGCCGCCGCACCCGGUCUGUUCGGGGCCGCCGCGUCCGCUGCUUCCGCGCCAAGCCUUUUCUCUGGCGCCGCCACGGGCUUUGGCUUUGGCUCAGCUGCGUCGGGCACCACCACUGCCGCGACCGCUGCUGCCUCGACACCGUCUUUCGGCUUCGGGUUGAACACCGGGGCCGCUGCAUCGAGUACCACCACUACUUCGGCUUCCUCUCCGGCUCUAGGGUUUGGAGCAGGCACCGGCUCGGCGCUGUUUGGAUCCACUACCUCUGCACCACUCUUCAGCACCACCACCGCCUCGUCCCCAGCGACCACGGCCACGACCACGGCGUCCUUUGGCUUCUCAUCGUCGCCAGCGACCGCCGCCUCUGCUCCGUCGUUCGGCUUCACACCGUCAUCGGCAACCACCACGACCGCGAGCACCGCCCCUGCCUUGUUCUCUUCUGCAUCUUCCGCUCCCGCCUUCUCCUUCACGAAGAGUAGCUCUGCUGCUCCCACCACGCCAGCGUCUGCUCCAUCUACUGGCUUCUCCUUGGCCACUUCGCCGGCAGCACCUGCUCCCUCAUUGUUCUCUAACACCAGUGCAGCAGCAAGCUCGUCUGCCACUUCUCUCAGCUUUCCGUUUGGCUCAUCUUCUGCUUCUGCACCGGCAUUUGCUUCUGCUUCUGCAACGAGCGCAUCCACACCGUCAGCAGCUACUGCUUCCCCCGCGACAUCAGGGUCAUUGUUCUCAGUGCCAGCACCUGCUUCUUCUGCUGGUGGUUUCAGUUUCACAGUAGUACCAUCGUCAUCAUCAGCUGCGGCUACUACAGCUACUACCACAACAGUCACAAGUGCAUCGACAUCUGCAGCCAUGACAACGCCGGCUCCUUCAGCAACAACAACUGCUACACUAUUUAGCCAGCAGAGAACUACACCAGCUUCUGCCUCAGCUCCAUCAACACAGACACAGUCAAUAUUGUCAUUCGGUGUUUCUACUGUAGCUGCAAGUACUUCAACCACCAUCACAAGCACUAGUCAGGCAACUUCCUCAGCUGUUCAAGCUAGCAGCACUGGUCCUACAACUACUGCUAUCACUCCAGUAGCAUCACAGGCACCUAAGCUACCAUCAGAAAUUGUUGGGAAAAAUGUUGAGCAGAUUAUUAGGGACUGGAAUAAUGAACUUCAAGAUCGCACUGCGAAGUUCCGGAAGCAUGCCACUGCAAUAUCUGAAUGGGACAGGAGAAUUCUGCAGAACAGGACUGUUCUUAUAAGGCUUGAGGCUGAGGUGGCUAAAGUUGUUGAAACACAAACAAGCUUGGAGAGGCAACUUGAGUUAAUAGAAACUCACCAGAAAGAGGUUGACAAGGCUCUGCAGAGCAUGGAGGAGGAAGCAGAGCGGGUAUUCCAGGAUGAACGGCUGUUGCUUCGUGAAGAUGAGGCUGCUUCUGCAAGAGAUACAAUGUUUGAGCAAUCUGAAACUGUGGAGAAUGAAUUGCAACAUAUGACAGAACAAGUGAAGUCCAUCAUUCAGACAUUGAAUGCUACUCAGGGUGCUGAGUUUGAGACUGCUGAUAGUAUGACACCAUUUGAUGUUGCUGUCCGGAUACUGGAUAAUCAACUGCGUUCUUUAAUGUGGAUCGAUGAGAAGGCUAAUGAGUUCUCAAGUAGAAUACAGAGGCUACCUAACAACAGUGCUGCAGCUGAACGUGACUCUGGAAUGCCAAGGUUUUGGUUAAGCUGAUGAUCCAAUCCUGGAUGGACAUUUGCAUCUUGUUCUGAUCGAAGCCAGUAAACAUGCUAUUUUUCGGUGGAUGUGUUGCCCCCCAGCAAAAGUUUCACUGUUCCUCUCAUUCAAGUACAUGAUGUACCGAACUGAUGUUAUUCGUUGGGAUUUUAACUGCUGAUGUUAACAAUGCCUUGUAACAGUCGCGUACAUUGGCUUCAGCAAUCAGUGAACUGUUUCAACUCACUUUGGUCUUUGGACGAGGAAACAAGAGGCUUUGCGAGAUACCGUUCAUUAUU